AUGCGUAGAUCUGAGUCUGAUUUAAUACUACCAAGUGGAAGUAUUCAAGAAUUCUAUGAUCACUGGGAUAGUUGUAAAUCAAUAAUUAAUGACAGUAAUAAUACUGUCCUGUCUAUUGCUAAAAUUGAAUCAGUUUUCAAUCAUGUUGGAAAAAUUAUACUUCUAGUAGUUGAUGAACACUUUUCUUGUAAAUCAGAACAAAAUACUGUACAACAAGGUUCAUAUCUUGAAGCAGUACUACACAAUAAUAUAUUCCAAUCACUUCUUAUAUGGAUUGAAGCUAGUCCAACGCUGAAAGACGAUAAAUCUUUGAGUACACGUGAUGUUUUGCGCAGAAAUCUUAUUAUUGCCUUUGAACAGCUAAUAACACAAUCAAGACAAAAUGUCCUGCUGCAUAGACCAAUUCUACAACCAUUAUGUCAAUUAUUAUUCAAAUUAUCAUCACAAUUACGACCAGGCUAUGAUCAAAUCUAUGGACGUUUAUUGCAUAGUGUCUGUGUUUUAUUGUGUAGAAAUUAUCAGUUAUUAGACUAUAGUAGACAGCUAUGCAAAGAAAUAUUCAAUCAACCGUAUAUGAUAUUUUCAUUGCUUGUCCCAUUGGUACAUCGUAAUGAUACACUGGGUGAUUCAGCUAGAGAUUCAUUUCUGUUAAUAUUUGCUAUUUCUAAAAAAGACGAUCAACUUGGUCAAUAUUUAGCCUAUGAAUCUGAUAUAUGCCCGGUUCUAGCCACUGGUUUAAGUGGUCUUUAUUCUAGUUUACCAAAAAAACUGGUACCACGUUAUUCAAUGAGUUCACAAAGUAAUUAUGACUAA